CCCAGCCCCAGCCGGCCCAGGGGAAGCCACCGUCCCCGAUGGGAGACAGUGUGUCCCCCCUCACCUCGCCGCCCCCCUCACCUGGGGACGCCCUGCAGGGAGAGCGCACCCCCCCGCAGCGCGACCGACCCGUCUCUCCAGCCAUCGUUCCCUCCGGACAGCCCAGCAGCACUCCGCAGCGUGACCGACCCGUCCCUCCAGCCGUGACGCCAUCAGGACAGCCCCUCUCCCCCAUCCCUGCACCUGUGGCCCCCUCGGCAGAGAGCAUCCCCCCCUGGUGUGACCGGGUCCCCCCUGGGCCCCCCCAGCCCCCUGUCACGGAGCACCCCAAAGAAGAGGCAUCGCCCCACGCCGCUGGCCAGCUGGUCCCCGUCCACGCUGCUGCUGCCCCUUGCCCAGCAGAGACGCUGCCCCGCGGGAGCGAACCCACGGUCCCGGCUGCUGGUGAAGGGGCCCCCUCCGAUGCCAAGAGCCGCCCAGGCACCACAGCCGGGCCCUCGAAGGACGUGCCCCCCCAGAGCGACCGCCCCACCCCGGCUGCAGCCUCGCCGGCUCCUGCCGCCAGCCCCAGGCCCAAGCAAGCUGAUGCCCAGAAAGCCCAGGCGAGGCACAAGCAGGCGAAGGAGCGGCGCGAGGAGCGGGCCAAGUACCUGGCUGCCAAGCGGGUGCUGUGGCUGGAGAAGGAGGAGAAGGCCAGGCUGCUGCGGGAGAAGCAGCUGGAGGAGCGCCGCAAGCGCCUGGAGGAGCAGCGGCUGAAGGCAGAGAAGCGCCGCGCUGUCCUGGAGGAGCGGCAGAGGCAGAAGCUGGAGAAGAACAAGGAGCGCUAUGAGGCGGCGAUCCAGCGGUCGGCCAAGAAGACAUGGGCAGAGAUCCGGCAGCAGCGGUGGUCCUGGGCUGGGGCCCUGCACCACGGCUCCCCCGCGCACAAGGACGGUGCGAGCCGGUGCUCGGUGUCCGCUGUAAACCUCCCCAAACACGUCGACUCUAUAAUCAACAAGCGGCUCUCCAAAUCCUCCGCCACCCUCUGGAACUCUCCCAGUAGAAACCGGAGCUUGCAGCUGAGCCCAUGGGAGAGCAGCAUCGUGGACCGGCUGAUGACGCCCACCCUGUCCUUCCUCGCGCGCAGCCGGAGUGCUGUGACACUGGCCGGGAACGGCAAAGAGCAGGUGCCCGUGUGCCCCCGCUCGGCCUCCGCCAGCCCCCUCAGCCCCUGCCACAACCACCGCCUGCAGCACCGCUGCUGGGAGAGGCGGAAGGGGACCACCGGCAGCCCCGACGUGACGCCACGCCGCAGGACCGAGCCCUCGCCCAAAAAGAAGGAGAAGAAGGAGAAGGAGCGGGAGAACGCCAAGGAGCGCAGUGCCCUGUCCCGCGAGCGCAGCCUCAAGAAGCGGCAGUCACUGCCAGCGACACAGCCCCGGCUCCUGCCCGCAGCGGACAGCAGCCCCGGCCCCAAGAACCGUCCCUCAUCCCCUGCCACCCCUAAAGCCCGUCCGGCAUCCCCCAGCCCAGCCCUUGGCUCUCCCCACAAGCCACCCCUGCCCCGCAGCACCCACUCCUCUCCCAAGGUGCGGGCCAGGGCCCGGGAGGAGCGGGGGGAGCAGGAGGGCCAGGCGAAGGCGCGCGAGAGGAAGGAGGAGGAGCGGGGCCUGGCCCCCCCGGCCCUCCCCGAGCCCCCCAAGGUGCCCGCAGAGCCAACAGCAGUCCCCCCCGCCCCUGCAGCCCCCGGCCCUGUGCCAGCCACCCCCCCAGGCAGACCCCCAGCCGGCACCACGGACCGGGAGGAGGCUGCCCGGCUGCUGGCGGAGAAGCGGCGCCAGGCCCGUGAGCAGCGGGAGCGCGAGGAGCGGGAGCGUCGGGAGCAGGAGGAGCGGGAGAGGCGGCUGCAGGAGGAGCGGGCGCAGCAGGCAGCGGAGGAGCAGACCCGCAGGGAGGCCCUGGCACGCCGGCGGGAGGAGGAACGGCGGCUGCAGGAGGAGCGCGAGGCCCAGGAGAGAGCACGGGCCGAGCGGGAGGAGACGGAGCGGCUGCAGAGACAGAGAGAAGAGGCCGAGGCGAGGGCGCGCGAAGAGGCUGAGCGGCAGCGCCUGGAGCGGGAGAAGCACUUCCAGCGUGAGGAGCAGGAGCGGCUGGAGAGGAAGAAGCGCCUGGAGGAGAUCAUGAAGAGGACGCGCAAGUCGGAUGCAGCGGAUGCCAAGAAGAAGGAGGACAAAAAGGUGGUGAACGGGAAAGCGCCUGAGCAGGAGGAUGUCCCAGGCCGCGAGAAGCAUGCGGGGCCGAUGCCGAAGAAAGAGGAACUCCCUGAGACAGAGACGCCGAGCGCGGGGACUCCAGCGGGGCCGAAGGGCCUGGUGGGUGAGGGUCUGCAGCCAAGCUCCCCAGCCAAGGAGGUGGCGUCUCCGGCAUCCCUGGUGAACGGUGUGCAGCCCGGCAAGCACGAGAACGGCUUCUCAGGCACGGAGGGGACGCAGGAGCUGCUGGAGCUCUCCCACCACGGCAGCAGCCCCAGCAGCAUCAUCCCCUUCGGCGACAAGGAGCCCUUCCUCAAGCAGGCCGUGGUCAAGCCCCCCCAGGUGACAGAGGUGCUGUGAGGGCCAGGCCCUGGCAGACGUCCCCGUGGGGCCACCGCACACGUCCUGACUCCGGACGCCCGUGCAGAACCGUAGCUGUUGUCAGAAGAAAAACCUCGCUGCUCCCCCUCGCCCGCCGCGCGUGCCCGGCCCUGCCGCGGGGGGCCCGGGCGGUGUGGGACCCCGGCGAGGCGGCUGCCGGCCCCCUGCCCGCUGCGGGGAUGCCUGGUUUCUCUCUUCGUUCUUGUUUUUAUUUUGUUGGUUUUUUUUUUUUUUUUUAAAUAUGCACCUUAUCAGACUGACACCCCCACCCUAGCAGCCUGCCAGAGCCGCCCCAGACGUGUGGUGUAAUAAUGUAGUUAUUUAACUUGCUGGGUACAAUGUAUGUGAAUACUGUAAAUAGAGCUCGGCCAGACAUCGGGGACGCUCGCCUGGCCCGGCCCUGCACGGGGCAGGAGGAUUCGGGGCUGCCUGGGGCUGGCCGGGAGGACGGCGGCAGCCCGGCCGGCGGGAGGUCGCUCCCCGUCCCCACGUCCCCACGCAUGUCUGCGUGUGCACUGGGUGACCCCGUGCCGCCGGAGCGCACGCCCGGGGCCCGGCCGGCACCACGCUGCUCUCCGUGCCAUUGUGACAGUGUUAUGCAUCCGGACAACCUUUGCGAACAAUAAAAGUGGACAACUGC